AUGCCACCAAGGCAACGGCUCGUCCGCCGGCGACCUCUUUCGGAGCGCAUCUCCGGCUGGCUCAAUCCUUCCGAUUUCCUUCUCUGGGCGUCGGAGGAGAUCAAAACAAGAGACUUGGAUGCCGCAUCUGUCGGCACCAAGAUUGCGAUUGGCGCAAACGUCGUUUUUCUGAUUGCGCGUGCCAACUACGGGGCAACGAUCACGGGCGAUGAUGUCUUCUCAGAACCCCGGUUCAAUUGGGCUACUCUUUUUGCUAAACAGGUUGUCUGGGUUCUUGCACUGGGCUCGAUCAUCAACGCAUUGAGCUUGACGUACCAGAAACGUCACUACCGCCUCUUCGAAGCCAAUCUUGAGCAAAAGCCCGGAACACCUUCGGCUCACCGAGUCCGAGUUCAGUCCUCGCCAAUGUCUUCAUCCCCCAUGCGGCUCCUGGCCGGUGCCCUAGGUUCGGAUUCAGCCGAGUCUCGAGCACAUCCGGACAAGACACGGGACGUGUGGGAAAUCGCUGUAUGGGACCCAAUACCCGCCUGCUUGCAGGGAAUUAUCUACUUUAGCCCGGUGCAUGUGCUUGUGUACAUGUUUGCCUUGCCACUGGAUCCGAUGGAAAACAGGCCGAGCGUGACAGUGUUCAAGUCUCUUGUCAUGCAGGUCAUUUUGUCUUUCAUGCUCCAGAUGCUACAGGGUAUGAAUGACCAGAGGCAGAAGGACGCAGCUCUUGUUCAACGGGAAGUCAUGCGCGAGUACGAUACCAAAUAUGUCCAUCCGCGCCUGCAUCCCUUGGUGCGAGAUGUGGGGGUUCAGACAGCAGCGGAGGGAGAUGAGGAUUUGGUCGAGACUGGUGUUGCGACCACUCUGAUCCGACGCGGAUUCCAGACCCAUCCUAAUCCCAACUACAUGAAGCAUAUUGAUCCCGACCGUGUCGUCAAGUCAAAUCCACCAGCCAUCUCCAUGAACUCGCGCAUGGUCACACCGGCAUCUCGCAAUAGAUACUCAGAUACAUUCGGACUUACGCAGCAGCAAUCCACACGGCAACCUCGCCAGAGCAUGCCACCUUUGGGCAGCACUCCCGUCUCUUCCACCUCAACAUCCACAGCAGCAAACCAGCAAGCUAUCAGCACGGGAACCAACUUUGGUGGCAGCCUGGGAGUUUUUACCCACGGCAACUCGCCUUUGAAAAAGACCACAAGCCUGAACGAAAUCAACAACGCCGCAGGUUAUGCUUCCCCCCGCAACUCGCGCGAGAUGGCGGCAAUGGAGCAGCGGGAAGCUGCAGAUCGUAUGCAGCGAAGAGAAACCCCCUUGAAGCUUACGGAGACGGCCGAUGCGCCGGAACAACAACAUACUGGUUUCACCCCAGUACGAGGGUCAAACCCCUUCGCCAAGGAUCGCGCCAGACGCUUCAAUAUGGAAAGAUAUCCAUCCAGGUGGUAG